AUGCCUCCUCAUACGAGCGUCGAUGUUGAUCCUCGGACAAAGGACCUAUCCACCACCCUGCAGCGUCCACUUGUCAUCAAACGCCAUGGGGUCGAAACUGCAAUGGCAAUCCCUAUCUUACUCUGGCCUCUGGCAGAGUCCAUUCGUGAUACUCUGCCAGACUCGAAGCCGACGGUCUCUGCUGACGGCGACGACAAUGAAUAUACUGAAAUAGAUCUAGUUACUCAGGUUCUAGGCUUCUCUCUAUCCAAGGUCACCGCUGACAAUGCUUUCGAAAGACUACCUUUCGUCGCUACUGUCUUCUCCCACUUCCAACAUCAAUUCCUUCGCCAUCACAACAUCCAUACCGUAGUUAGAGACAUGCCUUCCGAAACUCAAUCUACUAUAUUGAAGACAUACUAUGCUGCUCUCGUCGCGCUACGUAAACAGGGCCUCAUCUCGCGUGAAGAAUUCUUGCCAUCACCAUCAGCCCUAAUGUCGGCUGCUGACUCGGGUAAAGCUCGUCUAUUCGCUGUAUUUGGUGGCCAAGGAAAUAUUGAAGAAUACUUUGAUGAACUCGUAUCCAUCAACGCAUCAUACGAAGCCUUGAUCAAACCAUUCUUGAUCCAGUCGGCAUUGACACUGGCGCAACACUCGGCUUCUGCUGAAGCCCAGAGACUCCAUACUCCUCAGAUUGAUGUAGUCGCUUGGCUAGAAAAGCCAGAUACUCGUCCUUCUACAGAUGCGCUACUAGCUGCUAGUGUAUCUCUACCUGUCAUUGGUUUGGUCCAACUCUUGAACUAUUGGGUUACCAUGAAGGUCCUCGACAAGACUCCUGCUGAUUUCCGUCGAUACUUCCAAGGAGCUACUGGACAUAGUCAAGGAAUCAUUUCUGCAGCAGUCAUCUCGGCUUCAGAAACCGAUAAAGAAUUCGUGGACAACACUCAGAAAGCUCUUGGUCUACUGUUUUGGAUUGGUGCUCGCUGUCAGGCUGCUUGCCCAACUACUACAGUCAACCCAAAUAUUUUGGAAGACUCUCUUGAAAACGGAGAAGGAGUACCUACUCCCAUGUUGAGCAUCGUUGGUCUUCGAGUCGCAGAAGUCCAAAAACAAGUAGAUGCAACAAACGUCCAUCUUCCAACUGAAAAGCAGAUCGCCUUGUCACUAAUCAAUGGUCCUCGUGCCAUCAUAUGUACUGGUGCUGCUCAAUCCUUGUAUGGUCUCAACGUCGCUCUCCGUAAACUUAAAGCAGAUCCAGGAGUAGACCAAACUCGAGUACCACACUCUCAGCGAAAGAUUCGAUUCUCUUCUCGAUUCUUGCCUGUCAUGGUACCCUUCCACUCGCCCAGUUUGGCUGGUGUCGCAAACUUGUUGGAUGAGGAUGUCAAGGCUCGUGGAUUGUCGUUUGAUGCUUGCAAGCUUGCUGUGCCUGUAUUCAACACCAAUACUGGUGAAGACUUACGAGGCUCAAGGACAUUGACUCGAGACCUAUGCGAUAUGAUUUGUACUCUACCGGUCAAAUGGGAACUAGCUACUCGACUCGACAAAGUCACUCACUUGAUUGACUUUGGUCCUGGUGGAGCAUCUGGUAUUGGAGGUCUUACACAUAAAAAUAAGGAAGGAACAGGUGUACAAGUCAUCUUGGCUGGUACCUUGGAUGCUCAAAAGGAAGAAUUACUAGAAAAGUCUGCCAUCUUUGACUUUGACCCAGCUACAGUCAAGUAUGCUCCCAACUGGGCCGAAUUAUAUCGUCCUCGUCUCUUACGUAUCAAACGAACUGGUGACAUCCACGUUGAUACUCCCUUCUCUCGUUUAAUUGGUAAACCUCACUUGAUGGUCGCUGGUAUGACUCCCGCUACUGUAUCACCUGAAUUCUGUGCUGCAGUCACUAAUGCAGGAUAUCACGUCGAAUGGGCUGGUGGAGGACAAUAUAACGAAUAUAUUUUACGAUUGCGUACAGAGCAAAUCAUGAAUAUGAUUAAACCCGGUGAAGGCAUUGGUCUCAACAUGCUCUUCUUGAACUCGUAUCAAUGGGGCUUCCAGUACCCAACAGUUAUAUCCAUGAGACAAGCUGGUAUUCCUCUAGAUUCCGUCACUAUUGGAGCAGGUGUACCCAGUUUGGAUGUAGCUAACGAGUUUAUUGCCAACUUCCGAGCUGCUGGUGUACGACACUGUGGUUUCAAACCAGGAAGUGGUGAAAUGAUUCGACGUGUUAUUCAGAUUGCAAAGAGUAAUCCAGACUUCCCUAUCUGUUUGCAAUGGACUGGUGGACGUGCUGGUGGUCAUCAUUCUUUUGAAGACUUCCAUCAACCCAUGCUUGAAAACUAUGGAUCCAUCCGUCGUCAACCAAACAUCAUCUUGAUUGCUGGUUCUGGAUUUGGUGGUGCUGAUGAUACUCUCCCAUACUUGACUGGUUCUUGGUCUGAGAAGUUUGACUUCCCACCCAUGCCAUUCGACGGUGUCUUGUUUGGAUCUCGUGUCAUGGUUGCCAAGGAAGGAAAUGCUAAUCGUGCAGUCAAGGAAUUGAUUGUACAAGCUACUGGUGUCGAGAGUGAAGGUGAUUGGGAAAAGACCUACCGUGGAGCUGUCGGUGGUGUCAUCACAGUUCAAUCUGAACUUGGUGAACCCAUUCACAAGAUUGCCAAUCGUGGUAUCAUAUUCUGGAAGGAAUUGGAUGAACACAUCUUCUCUCAACCUCGUGGAGAGAAACGAGCUAUUGCUGUAGCCAAACGUAAAGAUUGGAUCAUUCAAAAGCUCAAUGCUGACUACCAAAAGCCAUUCUUUGGAAAGAAGACGGAUGGCCAUGUUGCUGAUCUUCACGAGAUGACUUACAAGGAAGUUGCUGACCGUAUGGUAGAGCUCAUGUACAUCCGUCACCAGAAGCGUUGGUUGGAUGUCUCUCUCCGCAAUCUCACUGGUGAUUUCUUGAGGAGAAUCGAAGAACGAUUCUCUCUCAACGAAGCUCCGUCCAUGAUCCAAACCAACAACGAAUUGAACGAACCCGAUACCUUCUUGGCAGGCUUCUUUGAAGCCUUCCCUCCAGCUGCCGAGCAAACUCUCACCAACGAAGAUGUCCUCCACUUUUUGGCCAUCUGUGGUAAACGAGUAUGGCAGAAACCAGUACCGUUUGUCCCAGUAGUAGAUGGUAAUCUUGAAUUUUGGUUCAAGAAGGACUCAUUAUGGCAGUCUGAAGAUUUGGAUGCAGUUGUUGGGAGAGAUGCUCAACGUGUGCCUAUCUUGCAAGGGCCUGUUGCUGUCAAAUACUCAAAGAUUGUCGAUGAACCCGUAGCAGACAUCUUGGGUAACAUAUAUAGCUCUCAUAUCCAGUCUAUCAAGGAUAUGUACUAUAGUGGCAAGAAUGAGAACAUCCCAGUUGUCGAAUACUUGGGAGCUCGUGGUGGAUCUGCUCAUAAACUAGCUGGUGUCAGUGUCUCUGAAUUGCCAGGAGAAGAGUCAUCAAUUAUGUACGAAAUCACUCGUACAUCAUCGGACUUGCCAGCCGAUGCCGACUACUUGGACGUACUUGCUCAACCAGACAACACAUGGUUGCGAGCCUUCAUCACAUCACCAUCUAUAGUCCGAGGCCAUUUACUAGUACCAAACCCAGUACAACGUAUAUUACGUCCUCGACCUCGUCAAACGGUCUUUGUACAGUUAGAUAAGACCAAGGCUCCACAGUUGGUUACUGUAUAUGAUGAAGGACAAACUGGUAUCCCAAGCCGUCAUCCAGCUCUUGUUAUAUCUCAUGAAGGAGAUAAUAUUACAUUGACAUUGUAUGAGAAGCGUGAUAAUGAUUACGUGCCUCUUCAAUUCAUGUUCCAGUACAGACCUGGUUUGUACCCUAUUCAUGAAGUUAUGGAGGGUCGUAACCAACGCAUCAAAUCGUUCUAUGGUCAAUUAUGGUAUGUUGAUUCCAAGGCCUUCAACAUGUCUACUCAAGAGACAUUCAAGGCUCAAUUCCGUGUUGAUCGACAACGUAUCUCGGACUUUACCACUAUUGUUGGCAAUACUGCUGAAAUGUAUGUAUCCAAUGGUAACGCUAAAGCUCCCAUGGACUUUGCCAUUGUUGCUGGUUGGCAAGCAUUGGUUACUGCCAUCUUGCCAAAGGAAAUUGAUGGUGACUUGUUGAGAUUGGUGCAUCUUUCCAAUGAGUUCCGUAUGCUCGAUCAAUCUGGAAUGAUUGAAGCUGGCGAUGACAUUUCAGCUGAAGCUGUCAUCAAUGCAGUCAUCAUCUCUGAUGCAGGCAAGACUGUAGAAGUAAAGGCUACUCUCUUCAAACAAGGUCGUGCCUUGUUGGAAAUCUUGUCUCGAUUCUUGUAUCGUGGCAAGUUCUCAGACUAUGACAACACCUUCCGUCGUACUGUUGAGAAGCCCAUGCAAGUGGAUCUCAAGACAAAGAAAGAUGUUGCUGUCUUGAUGGAUAAGAAAUGGGUUAAAUGGACCAAUCCAUCUGCUGAAUUGAGUACUGGAUCUACUUUGAUUUUCAGAUUGAAUACUUUGACGAAGUUCAAGAAUGACAAAUUGUUUGCCAAGGUGUCUACUAUUGGCUCAGUAUUCCUGAAAACUACACGUGAAACCGUCGAAAUUGGUACCGUAAACCACGAAGAAAGUGAUUGCGUCGGUAACGUCGUAUUGGAAUAUCUCAACCGUAACGGUACUCCAAUCGAACAAGCCGUAUACUUCUCUACUGGUGGAUACUCGAUUCUGCCAGACCGUAAAGUCUUCCCAGCAGUCGUCACCGUACCCCCAAAUAAUGUUACAUAUGCACGAGCUUCAGGUGAUUUGAACCCAAUUCACGUCAACCCCUACUUUGCUGAUCUUGCCAGCUUGCCUGGUACCAUCACGCAUGGAAUGUGGACUUCAGCAUCUACUCGAAAGUUUGUCGAAAUCUUUGCGGCAAACAACCACCCAGACCGUGUAAAGGAAUACCAAGUAACAUUUGUAGAUAUGGUAUUGCCUGGUGAUCAAUUGGAAACUAAGUUGUACCAUGUUGGUAUGAUUAACGGUCGUAAGUUGAUCAAGAUUGAGACAUUGAAGCUUGAAUCUGGUGUCAAAGUCUUGGAAGGUACGGCUGAAGUCGACCAACCAACGACUUCAUAUGUCUUUACUGGCCAAGGAUCUCAAGAGCCAUCUAUGGGUAUGGAACUAUACGCUUCAUCACCUAUCGCCAAGGAUAUCUGGGACCGAGCAGACAGCCACAUGAUCAAUACAUACGGUGUCUCUAUCUUGGAUAUAGUUAAGAACAAUCCGAAAUCCAAGACUGUACACUUUGGUGGUCCAAAAGGUAGCCGUAUCCGUGACCAAUAUAUGGGUAUGAUGUAUGAUGUCGUUGGUGCUGACGGGAAGACGCUGUCUCGGCCACUCUUCCCUGAUAUUAUACCAUCAUCGAGCAGCUUUACAUUCAACCAUCCAGCUGGUCUCUUGUCUGCUACUCAAUUCACUCAGCCAGCUCUUGUAUUGAUGGAAAUUGCUAGUUUUCAGGAUAUGAAGCAUAGCGGUCUCGUACAAGAAGACUGUCCAUUCGCAGGUCAUAGUUUGGGUGAAUACGCUGCUCUAUGCUCUGUCGGUGAAGUCUUGACGGUAGAAUCAUUAGUAGAUGUAGUAUUUUACCGUGGUAUGACCAUGCAAGUCGCUGUACCUCGUCAUCCUGAUGGUCGAUCUGACUACGGUAUGGUUGCCGUCAACCCUCUUCGAGUUGGUCCAACAAUGGGUGAACAAGCUCUCAAGUUUGUAAUCUCUGCUGUUGGUCGUCGCUCAAAUGCAUUAUUGGAAAUCGUCAACUUCAACGUUGAAAACUUCCAAUAUGUCGUUGCUGGUGAAGUCACUUGUCUAGAUGUGCUUCGCUUGGUCUUGAACAAGAUAAAGACAAUGAACUUGAACUUCAUCGAAUUGACCAAGACUCGAUCAGUCAAAGAGAUUGAGCAGUUAUUGAAUGAUAUAGUAGAUGGAUGUCUUGCCGAAUCUCGUAAACGAGCUGCUGCAAGUGGUGGAACAAUCACUCAGGAACGAGGUAUUGCUACCAUUCCCUUGGCUGGUAUCGAUGUGCCCUUCCACUCGUCCUUCUUAUUGAACGGUGUAUCUCCCUUCCGUGAAAUCCUCCGUAAGAAGCUCGAACCUCGAUUCAUCAACGUAUCCCUGUUAAUCCAUAAAUACAUACCCAACUUGACUGCACGACCAUUCGAGCUAUCUAAAUCCUACUUCCAGGAAGUAUACGACCAAACACACUCUGUAUUGCUUAAGAAUGUCUUGGAGAACUGGAAGGAUUCUCAACUCGUCAAUCCUGCUGAAAAGCAACGAUUGGGAUACUUGCUCUUGAUUGAAUUAUUGGCUCAUCAAUUUGCUAGUCCUGUGCUUUGGAUUCAGACACAAGACCGUCUCUUCAAGGAAUACGAAGUUGAACGUCUGAUUGAAGUCGGUCCUGGUCCAGUCUUGUGUGGUAUGGCUCAACGUACCCUCAAGUCUAAGUACGAGGCUUAUGAUGAUGCUGUGACUCGACGACGUGUUACUUUAUGUACCAGCAAGGAUGCCAAGGACAUCUACUAUGACUUCGAAGAUGAACCUGAAGCUGCUCCUGAAGGUGCCCCAGCUGACGCCUCUGGCUCGGCCCCAGCUGCUUCUGCCUCUGCUGCUCCAGCCGCCGCUGCUACUUCUGCUCCAGCUGCACCAUCUGCUCCUCGAGCUGCAGGAAAUGUAACUGAUGCCAAUGUAACAGUAUCAGAAAUCAUCCAUGUGUUGGUUGCUCAGAAGCUCAAAAAGUCGUUGGCUGAAAUCCCAAUGACCAAGGCGAUUAAAGAUUUGGUUGGUGGCAAGUCUACUCUGCAAAACGAAAUCUUGGGUGACUUGGGUGCUGAAUUCGGUCCUGUCCUCGCUGACAAGGCUGAAGAAGUACCACUUGGUGAAGUUGCUUCUCUAGUACAAAUGCAACACUCCGGCAAUCUAGGCAAAACAUCUACUACUUUGAUCAACAAGCUCAUUUCCGGCAAGAUGCCUGGUGGGUUUGGUAUGGGUAACGUGAAGGCUCAUCUAUCAGCUACCCAUGGUCUUGGACCCAAACGUAUUGAAGGUGUAUUGCUACAUGGUUUGGCCUCUGAGCCUCCUACUCGUCUUGGAACGGAAGGUGAAGCAAAGGCUUGGUUGGAUGCUCAAUCUACUUCAUAUGCUGCCAAAGUUGGUAUUACACUUGGAGGUGCCGCCGUCUCUGCAGCUGCAGGAGGUGCUGCCGGUGGUCCAGUAGUAAAUAGUGAAGACUUUGAGUUGCUCAAAGCCAAGACUGAAGCCUUGGUUCGACAACAACUCGAACAAUUUGCUAAGUAUCUGCAAAUGGACUUGCUGGAAGGAGCUGGUUUGGCUGCCGCUGAACGGGAUAGUAAAGCUGGUCUCCAAGCAGACUUGGACAUGUGGAUUGCUGAACAUGGUGAUGAAUAUGCUGAAGGUAUUCGACCAGUCUUCUCUAAGUUGAAGGCACGAUCCUUUGACUCGUCAUGGAAUUGGGCUCGUCAAGAUGCUCUCCGUCUCUACUAUGAUAUGAUCUUUGGACGUAUUACUGCUGUAGACCGUGACUUGAUGAACCAAGUCAUUCAUCUUAUGAACCGUACUGAAGAUCAAGGCUUGAUAGCCUUCAUGGAAUUCUUAGUCAAGAAGGUAGAUCCGUCUAUGGGUGAAGGAUAUAAAGGUGUCAAGGAGUAUGGACAGAUAGUGCUCGACAACUGUCGUGCUGCUUUGAAUGCCGAUCCAGUCUACAAGAAUGUCGCCUACCGACCUACUCGUCCUCGUACUUAUGCUACUGAAGACGGCAAACUUGUCUACAAGGAAGAACGUCGUACCGCCAGUAACAUGAAGGACUAUGUCAAGGAUAUGAGAACUGGUAGUGCGUUGACUCGUCUCCCACCCAACCAAACUGUAAUCCGUAAAUUCGAGGAACUCCAAUCCAUUAUUACCUCUACUCGUGAUUACAAUGCUCAAAGCAAGGCUCGUCUUGAUGGCUUGUUUGCUGAUAUUAAGGCAAACUUGCCAAACGGAUUUGCCGCUACUACCGAUACUCUUCCAUUCAUCUUCUUAAAGGAACGAACCAAGGAAGAUCCAUCAGCAUGGGAACCUAGUGCUAAGUUGACGCAAUUGUAUCUAGAUGCGUUGACUCAAAUGGCUGCUGAUGGUAUUACAUUCAAGGGCAAAGAAGCUUUGAUGACUGGUUGUGGUAAAGACUCUAUCGGUGUCGAGGUCUUAAAGGCAUUAUUGUCUGGUGGUGCUCGAGUAAUCGUAACAACGUCUCGCUUCUCGAAAUCCGUCACAGAAUACUACAGGUCCAUCUAUGAACGUCACGGAUCCAAAGGCUCUCGAUUGAUUGUAGUGCCAUUCAAUGGUGGCUCAGUCUCUGAUGUCAAGGCCUUGAUAGAAUAUAUAUAUGACGACAAGCAUGGUCUAGGCUGGGAUUUGGACUUUGUCAUUCCAUUCGCUGCUAUUCCAGUUGUUGGACGUGAAAUCGACAAUAUCGAUUCACGAUCUGAAUUAGCCCAUCGUAUCAUGUUAAACAACUUGUUGCGGUUGAUGGGUGAAAUCAAAAAUAAGAAGCAGGCCUUGGGCUAUGAUACCCGUCCAGCUGCUGUCAUGUUGCCAUUGUCGCCAAACCAUGGUACUUUUGGUGCUGAUGGUCUAUAUGGCGAAGCCAAGAUUGCUCUUGAAACUCUACUAAACCGAUUCCACGCUGAACACUGGAACUCGUACUUGACCAUUAUUGGUGCUGUCAUUGGAUGGACUCGUGGUACUGGUCUCAUGGCUGGUAACAAUAUUGUAGCUGAAGGCAUUGAAUCACUUGGUGCUCGUACCUUCUCUCAACACGAAAUGGCCUUCAACCUGGCUGGUCUACUCCAUCCCAGCAUUGUCAAACUCGCCGAGACCGAGCCUGUAUGGGCCGAUCUCAACGGUGGUUUGCACUUUGUUGCUGACUUGAACACCAUCUCAUCUGGUCUCCGUAACGAACUUACCGAAACUGCUGAAACUCGUCGAGCCAUAGCCCACGAAAAGCAACUUGAUGAACGAGUCAUUCAUGGACCAAAGAAGCAAGAAACUGUAGUCGUCACUCCUAAAGCCAACUUUACCUUCCGAUUCCCAGAGAUGCCUAAAGCUCAAACGCUUACCCAUCUCCGGGGAAUGCUAGACUUGGAAAAGGUAGUAGUUGUAACUGGCUUUGGUGAAGUAGGUCCACUUGGUGGUUCUCGUACUCGUUGGGAAAUGGAAGCUAUGGGUGAAUUCUCUCUUGAAGGUUGUGUCGAAAUGGCAUGGCUGAUGGGAUACAUUAAAUUCCACGAUGGUCCAUUGAAGAAGAACCCAUGGUAUACAGGUUGGAUUGAUCUCAAGACGGAAGAGCCACUCAAAGACCAUGAAGUGAAGAGCAAGUUUGAAAAGGACAUCUUGGAUCACACUGGUAUCCGUCUUAUUGAACCUUCCUUGUUUGAUGGUUACGAUCCUCAGAAGAAGAUGUUCCUGCAAGAGGUUGCCGUCACAGCUGACAUGGCUCCAGUCGAAUGUAGUAAAGAAGAAGCCGAAGCCUUCAAGCAUCAACACGGUGACAACUGUGUUGUUGAACAACAAGGUGAUCAAUACUUUAUUCGAAUUAAGAAAGGUGCUACUCUAUACGUACCAAAGGCUCUUCAGUUCGACCGUCUGGUCGCUGGUCAAGUCCCUACUGGCUGGAAUGCCGCUCGAUAUGGUGUUCCACCUGAUAUUGUAAGACAGGUUGACCCCAUCACCUUAUAUGUAUUGGUAUCUACCGUCGAAGCUCUCGUCACGUCUGGAGUAACCGAUCCAUACGAAUUCUACCAAUAUGUACACGUCUCUGAAGUCGGUAACACUGCUGGUGGUGGUAUGGGUGGUGUAAGAGCUCUUCGACUCAUGUUCAAGGACAGGUUUAUGGAGAAGCCUGUACAGAACGACAUUUUACAAGAGACCUUUAUCAACACUAUGCCAGCUUGGAUCAACAUGUUGCUCUUGUCUUCAUCUGGCCCAAUCAAGACACCUGUCGGUGCUUGUGCCACUGCUGCCGAAUCUGUAGAAAUAGGAGUAGAAACUAUUGUAGCUGGUAGAGCCAAGAUCGUGUUAUGUGGUGGUUAUGAUGACUUCCAGGAAGAAGGAUCAUAUGAAUUCGCCAAUAUGAAGGCUACGUCUAGUGCUGUAGAAGAAUAUGCACAUGGUCGUGAACCCAAGGAUAUGUGUCGACCAGCCACUGAUACUCGUGGUGGCUUUAUGGAGUCUCAAGGUGCUGGUAUCCAUGUUUUGAUGGCUGCUGACUUGGCCAUUAAGAUGGGAGUACCCAUCCGUGGUAUAAUCGCCUUGACCAAUACAGCUACCGAUAAGAAUGGUCGAUCUAUCCCAGCUCCAGGACAAGGUAUCUUGACUACAGCCAAGGAAUUGAAGCUUAAGAAUUCGACUCCUAUGCUCAACUUUGGAUAUCGUCAAAAGCAACUUCGUCGUGAACGAGAACAUAUUCGUUCAUGGGUUACCAAAGAGUAUGAGGCUUUAACUGAUGAAGUUGAAGCUAUGAAGGCUGCUCAUGAGCCUAUCGACGAGACCUUUAUGAAGGACCGUGCUCAAUUCAUUGAUCGAGAAGGCAAUCGUAGAGAAAAGAUUGCUUUACAAACUUGGAGUCACGACUGGUGGAAGAAUGAUCCAAGCAUUGCUCCAAUUCGAGGUGCUCUUGCGACUUAUGGCCUCACUAUUGAUGAUCUUGGAGUUGCAUCCUUCCACGGAACUGGUACCAAGGCCAACGACUACAAUGAAUCUUCAGUACUCAAUCAACAAUUAGCUCAUCUCGGCCGUACUGCUGGAAAUGCUUGUCCUGGUGUCUUCCAAAAAUACCUCACUGGACAUCCAAAGGGUGCUGCUGCAGCCUGGAUGCUCAAUGGUGUACUGCAAAUCUUGGAAACCGGUAUUAUACCAGGAAACCGUAACGCCGAUAAUAUAGAUAAGGCCUUACGCAAAUUCGAAAACGUAUUCUACCCAUCACAAUCCAUCAAAACAGACGGUAUUAAAGCUGGUUUGUUGAAGUCUUUUGGUUUCGGCCAAGCUGGUGGUGAAGUCAUGGUCAUCCAUCCCGAUUAUCUCUUUGCAGCAUUAGAAGAGAAGGAAUACCAAAUGUAUGCAGAACGUCGAUCUCGUCGUGAGACCGCAUCAUACCAAUACUUCCACGAAAUGUUGACUGGAGCCGCACCAUUUGUAAGAGUCAAAGCUGCAGCACCAUAUACAGAUGAGCAGGCUUCUAGUGUAUACCUCAACCCUCUGGCUCGUGCAGGCUUCGAUAAGCACUCCAAGUCAUGGAACUUUACAGCAGGAUCUGUUGAUACACCAUCUGUCGAUCUCGAAGUCGUCAAACUCAUGACUGAAUCCAGCUCUGUAUUUGGCUCUACUAGUGCCGAUAAAGGAGUUGGUAUUGAUGUACAACUGAUCUCUGAAAUCAAUGAUGCCAAUGAAACCUUCCUGGCCCGCAACUUCACUACUCGAGAACGUCGAUACUGUGAUGCACAGCCCAACCCUCAAGCCAGCUAUGCUGGUCGAUGGGCGGCAAAGGAAGCAGUUAUAAAGGCAGUCUCAUCAGCAGCAGGCGGCAAUACAAUUGUCUGGAACCAAGGAUCUGGAGCUCCGUUGAUUGAUAUUGAAAUCACUCGUGAAGCUGACAAGGCCCCUGUUGUGACAUUCUAUGGAGCGCCACUGGCAGCAGUGCAGCGUGUUGGUGUCAAGGAAGUGAAGGUGACCAUCUCUCAUAGCGGCAACUAUGCUGUUGCUGCAGCUACCGCAAAGUGA